AUGGAUGAGACAAGGUUGUUUAGAAAUUUUAUGAAUACUACGGCAUUCUGUUCUGAGUUAGAGAAAUUGGAUAUUCCUUUUUACAGAUCAAUUGACUCAGAAUUCAGCGAAAAUUUGAAAAAUGUUUCUACAAGAGUUUUGAAAAAUAUUCAGCUGCUUUUUUCAAAGGUUGACAAGAAUAGAGCGUCUGAUUUUGUAGAUGUUGAAGAUAUUGAGAAUCGAUGGAUGGAGGUUUCUGAUACCUUGGAUAUUCUUUUUGAGAAAACAGAUUAUUGCCUAGACAAGUUUAAAGGUUUAUUAAAGAAACCAAAGAUUGAGUCAAGCCCUUUGCCUGCUGCCGCUCCAAAGAAGCAGAAGAAAGAAAAGCUUCCUUACAGAAUGAUACAUGCUGCUCAUUUGCCAAAGCCUCAGCUACGCUUUCAAAAUUCACCAAAUAACGAUAGAGAUCUUAAUUGGUUUUGGAAGCUCACUGAAAAACCAAACGCGCUUGUGCCUUUGGAUAAACUUGUAACGCAAGUUGAAUCAGACCCCAGUUUGGCCAACUCUUUGCCCCAUCCUUAUGGAACCGAAAUAAAGAAUAACCGAUACCCUCCUUGGGUUUAUGAGAUGACAAACCCAAUUGAUACUGGACCUGUUGAGGAAACCGCCCCUAUUUGGGUUGAUACCGAGGAAGCUUUAAAGGAUAUGCUGAAAGAGUUAAAAGAAAGCAAUGCUAUCGCAAUCGAUUUGGAACACCACGAUUACCGGUCUUUUCGGGGAUAUGUUUGUCUUAUGCAAAUAAGUAAUCGCAAAUACGAUUGGGUGGUUGAUACUUUGCAGCUCCGUGAAGAGUUACAAUGUUUAAAUGUUGUCUUCACAGAUCCUAAAAUAAUAAAAGUACUCCAUGGUGCUAAUAUGGACAUUAUUUGGUUACAACGUGACUUCGGUCUUUAUAUUGUAAACAUCUUUGACACAUAUUGUGCAACCAAAGUUUUGGGGUUUGAAGGGCAUGGCUUGGCUUUCCUUCUGAAGAAGUAUUGUGACUAUGAGGCUGACAAACGAUACCAAAUGGCUGAUUGGCGAAUUCGUCCAUUGCCAAAGGAUAUGCUAUCCUAUGCGCAAUCUGACACCCAUUACCUAUUGUAUAUAUGGGAUCACCUUCGUAAUGACCUACUUGAGAAUUCUACCAAGAGAAAAGAGAACCUCCUACAAACCGUGGAGAACAACAGUAAACAAAUUGCUCUUCGUAAAUACGAAGUUGAACCAUACGAUCCUGUGUACGGUCUAGGAACGGACGGUUGGCGUAAUGUCCUUUCCAAAUUUGGUUCUACAAAAAUAAUCGGAAGGGAGGCAAUUUCAAUUUUUAGAGCUUUACACGAUUGGCGUGACAGUACUGCACGUAAGGAAGAUGAAAGUGUCCGGUAUGUUAUGCCCAACCACUUGUUAACUACUAUUGCUGCGAAUAAACCGAUGGAAACUUUAGACCUACUUUCUAUAAGCAAGCAGCUCACCCCUCUUGUCCGUAUGUAUGCCGAUGAAAUAGUGCAAGUUAUACGUGAUGCUGAAAAUGCUUUUAAUAAGAAAAUUGAUGAAGAGCAAGCCUUUGGAAUGACUAAUGAAGCUGUUUCAUUUAAGACCUCCGUCGCUAGCAAUGCCGUUGAAGAGUAUGAUAAGACUGCUCCUAACCUUGAUAUUUUUGAGCCAAGUAAGAAGAAUAUUACAGCCUUGAAAAAAUUAAUGGCCAAAACAUCAGAUCUUUUUACUGCUCAAGUAACUUUUCCAUCUACUUCGAAUGAUAGAAAGGAAAAACUGCUGUCCGUGACUGAGAAGAUAUCUCUGAAUGUUAGUCCAAAUGUCGAACAUCAAACUACUACAGUGCAGGAAGAAAAUUUUUCCAAAGAGCGUUCCGAUGAGUCUAAUUUACAAAACGAAACAACUACUGAAAAACAACCCGAGAAAGGUGAAAGUGAAGAAAACUCCAUAGUCGUCCGACAACUUGGCAUAAAUAAAAAGAAGCGUCCAUCUUCAGCAAUGAAUACAAAUAUGCCAUCGUUGGAUGAUACAAUAAAUCCAACGGAUCAAGCCUUGCCUGUUGCUAAUGAUAGCGAAGAUAUGAGUUCAUCAAAGAAAAAGAGACAAAGGAAGAAAAAGAAAAAAGAAACCCAAAAUGCAGGUUCAUUUCCUGUUGCUGAUUCUGAAACUCAAGGAGGUCCGACUUCAAGCGAAGCUUUUGACUAUUCCAAUCAAGAUAAUUUCCUGUUGAAAAUGGAUGAACGAAAGCGAGUUGUACGAAAUCAAAAUGAAAAGAGCUUUAAUCCGUUGAACAGAGCUACUCAGGUAAGACGGAAUGUCAAAGAGCUUAAAAAGCCUAAAGUACCUGAGGGAAAAAGUACCUCGUUUAAGAAAAAUUGA